UGUGAGGGCCAGCCUAGCCGGAGUUUUUUCUCGGGCUCGGUUCCUCGGACCGGAUCUGUUUUCCCUUCCGCUGGAAAAGGCGAUCACCGGGGGGUGACACCACUCGGACCGUCCCGAAAGAAGAACCCCAAGCGGGCCAAGCCCUUGGUCGGCCCUGCGAGAGAAGCCAAGCACCGUACCACUGCUGGAGAAGUCUCCCCAUCCCGUAACUCUUUUCCCUUCUCCUUUCCUCCUCUUCCGUCGGCCAUCACCAAAGCUGUGCCUUUAACAUUGAGCCAUAGACUGUUAGCACAUCAAGGAUCUUACGUGGACUAUUUUAAAGAAUUCCACCAAGUUUCUUUGUUAUUUCUUAAAUUAAUAUCUUUCAGGUCAUAUGUGUGGCUGACCAUCUAAUUAGUGUUAGUUUUCUUGCUGAGAACUUAUGGUUAACUUUCAUGGACAGCCAUUGCCUCCCGGAGUUGAUCCACUGCCACAUACGUCUUCAGCUUCUGCUUCAAUGAAUCCUUCAGUUUCUUAUCUUCCUCCACCUUCUGUGAACAUGCAUCAUGAUGGACAUCCUAACAACUCAGGAAGCCUCUUCCCUCUUAAUCCAUCUAAUCCAUCCUUUCCUAAAGCUCAAAGCCAGUGUCCUCACGUACAACCACCUUCCCAGUUUGUAUGUUCACCUGGUAGACUUCCUACACCAGCUGCUCAAAGUGUACCUGCUCAAGCAUCCUAUAGUUCUUCUCAUGGCACAGGAAACCCUGUUGUAGGAAGUACUGGUUUCCAAUACUUGCAGAAUAUGUCUAAAACAACCUCAUCCUGUAUGUCUGCAUCUAACCCUGGUGCAGAAAUAAAAGUGGCAGAAGCAGAAAGCAAUACUUCUAAGCCCUCAGAUGCAUCUCGAGAUGAUUUGAGUAGUUCAACCCAUUGUGAUGACAACAUAGUGGAUCGACAGUUAGCUGUAAAAACUGAAGUGAGCGAAGAAGCAAGCAAACAAAAAGGGAAUGCAACUGACAUUAGACAGCAGAGGUUUUCUGCUGAUGUUGAAGUUAUUGAAUCUGCUGCCCAACUUGCUGUUCUGCAUGAGCAGGAAAUUGCGACCCAACAAAUCAUACACAAUCAAAGACAAGCAAGAGGCACAAAUGGACCUGCAGAAGAUAGUAAAGACAUUCUCUCUGGACGUUAUGAUCCCAAUGCAUUAAAGGAACAUCUGCUGAAGAUAACCACCGAUCAUCGUGCUGAAAUGGCCAACAAACGUGGGAAGAUGAUCCACCAAGAUAACGGCAACAUGGAAAUUGGUAAUGGCUAUGGUGUACCAGGUGGGGGUGCUUAUUAUACUACAACACCAUUAAAUGCCCAAUCUAGGAAACCAAAGGAUGAAACUCAACAAGUGAGCUCCACAGCUGAAAAGGAAUCAGAUCCAAAGGCUGCUCAGAAAGAGCUACCAGAAUAUCUCAAGCAGAAGCUAAAAGCUAGGGGAAUUCUUAAAGAUAAAACAAAUGGUGCCUCUGUGACAACUGAGAAUAAAUUGGAACCUCAACAUGAUCGGAUGACAAAUGUCCUAAAGUUGCCUCCCUGUUGGGUUGAGGCAAAGGACCCAGGUAGUGGAUACUCAUAUUUUUAUAAUGAGAAUACUGGAGAAAGCCAGUGGGAGUGUCCUACUGAGAAUGCUGCUUGUGCCCCGACUCCAACCCCAUCACCUUUGCCAGCAGAUUGGGAAGAGGCACUUGAUGAUUCAACAGGGCAAAAAUACUAUUACAAUACAAAGACACAUGUAUCACAAUGGGAGCGGCCAAAUUCAAUAAGUCAAGUUGUUUCGCCACAUGCUACAAAGACACAUGUAUCACAAUGGGAGCGGCCAAAUUCAAUAAGUCAAGUUGUUUCGCCACAUGCUACACUCUUGGCUGCUGGAGGUGAAGCUACUCAAACUGCUAAUCAUGAGCAAACUCAUAUGAAGAGAUGUUUAGGAUGUGGUGGAUGGGGCCUUGGCUUAGUUCAGCCAUGGGGCUAUUGCAAUCACUGCACACGGGUUCAGAAUCUUCCUUUUCAACAACAUUUAUCUUUGAAUGUGCAUGGUCAGCUACAAACAAGCAAGCUGGCUACCUCCAAAGAGCAUUCAGGAAAACCAGUGCCCAAGCAUAAGUCAAGUCCCAAACCUCCAUUUGGAAAAGGCAACAGAAGGGACCACAGGAAACGAACAUAUAGUGAGGAUGAUGAGUUGGACCCUAUGGAUCCGAGUUCGUAUUCGGAUGCCCCACGUGGUGGCUGGGUAGUUGGCCUAAAAGGAGUACAACCACGAGCAGCAGAUACCACUGCUACUGGUCCUCUCUUUCAGCAGCGUCCAUAUCCUUCUCCCGGUGCUGUGCUGCGAAAGAAUGCUGAGAUUGCUGCCCAGACCAAGAAACAUGGUUCUCACAAUCAUAUGGCACCCAUCUCAAAGAGAGGGGAUGGCAGUGAUGGACUGGGGGAUGCAGACUGAGUUUCGUGUGAAGCUAGCAAUCCCAGGGCACUGGACUGAGAUAUCCAUUGGUGUUUACCUGGGCAAUUUGCAGGAAUCCUUGACCCAACCUUGGUGGAACUGAAUAGCUUCUGUUUCCAAAACCUGUCUACCUAUAGUUUGUUGCUGAAGACUUUUGUUCGAGUCUUAAACCAUUGGCAAUCAAUAGAUGCAGGAAUCAUCAGCUGAGAUCAAAGCUCUGGUUAGAGGGUUAGACAAGCCUCAUUGUUUUAAUCUACACAAAUGAGGUGGGUGGAGAACUCAUUGUCCUUGGAUGAGAAACUGCUCGGCAUUCAACAAUUGAAGCUGGGCAUGCUAAGAACAGCUUCUUGUGUUUAAGAAUUCUGGAUGAAUGUAUGUGUAUCUUUGUAUUUCUAGAUAUAUUGGUACAUUGCAUAACGUUAUGUUCUAUUGUUCUGUGCCGAACAUUUGUCCCCGUAUAGUCAGAGCUCCUAAACUUUUUGGA